AUGUCGACUAAUGCGGCGAUAAUUCAGAGCUGCCGGACGAAGACGAGCAAAAUCAUUGCGGAUCUUCGCGAGUUCGAGAAGUCCUGCACCGGCUCAGCGGCUCUGAACGCGUGUAAGGCGAUCAAGUGCUACGACAAUGCCACGAAGUUUCUCUCUUACAUAAUGGAGGAACUGCAGUCGGUCAGAGCCGAUCCAGUCGAGAAGGUAGCGAAAGGCGCCGUCUUCAUCCGACUGUGCCAACCGCUCCUCCAAUCAGCCGGCCUCGAGGAUGCCGUGGUAGGCGAGCAACUAGUCGAGGCUGGAAUAAGGUUCGUGAGGCCGCUGAUCGGCUCCGCUAGACAGAAAGUAGAUCUGAUCGAAAGACCCACACCGGAGCAAGAAGAUGAGGCCGACGAGACACUGCAGAAUACGGAAGUUGCGAUCCCCGUCCCUUCUGCAGCUGAGUUUUGCUCGACUGCGCAAAAGGCGAAGAGAGAUAUCGAUGCACCAGAGCCUCUCAUUAGCCCGAUCCAGAAACUGGACUGGAGCGCAGACAUCGACGAGACUCCUUCGCGAACGACGCGCUCCACAGUGCUGCAGAACACGCUCCAGAAAACUGUGAGUAGUCCAGCACUGCCUGCACGGACGACUAGAGCAUCAAAACGCGAAUUCAACAUGACACCCGUGCAGAGCCAUGAAAAACGACUGAAGAAAGCGGCAAGUGCUACGCAAUUGAGCCAGAGUAAGUCGUCAAAAAGCGCAAAAGCACCUCCAUUGUCAAAGGCACCUCAAAAACUGCGACUGAGAUCUCCCUCUCCUUCUCAAUCAUCGCUUUUCUCUUCAAAGGCGGGAACCUCUGGUUCGAGCAGCUCAUUAUUCGCGUCCAAAGACUCGCCAAAGAAGCCCCAAACUCGAACAAACUCUGCUAAAGAGAAGUUUGAGAUAAAAAAGAAACAGGAUGCGGAGAGGAUGAAAAAGAAACAGGAGGAACAAAAAGAAGAGCGAGAGAAGCGAAAGCGCGAAAAAGAGGCAAAGAUGCAACGCGCCAAAGAGCGACGAGAGGAGGAUGAGAAACGCCGUAAAGAAGAGCUGAUCAAAAAGCAGGAAAACAAAAAACCUGUUCCUUCUCUCAAGUCAGUGCGCGCAGGGCAAUCAAAGAAACAGAAGACGACUUCUGUCUCGAGCGAGGAGCCAAUGUCGAUGGACUCCGUUCCCUCAAAAGACAACAUCGAAGCUUCAAAAUUCGAUAAGCCCAGACUGGUAGUCGAGGAUUCACCAAUGGAGGCAACUUUCGUGGUGACAAAACCCAAGUCCCAAAUGACGCAGUUGCCGAUGCCCAGCGUGAAGCUCUUCACUCCAGGGGGAGGUUCCAAUGUCUCGUCAGACUUUCCUCCUGUCAAUGCUGAAUCAUACGAGAUGACGCCGAAGAACACAGACAAGUCGACCGCGAAUAAGACGGCGGAAGAUUACGGCCUCGACGACUUGUCCAGCGGGGAUGAAACUGAUGACGACGAAAAUCCUCGAAAAAAGGUUCCCGCUUGGGCACUCAAGGAAGCGCUCAAAAACCGCCUUAAAUUGCAGUAUUGGGAGACUGUCCCAACCGUCGACAUCUUCACGAGCUGCUACGCUCAUCCUGAUCGUCUGGUGGACAUGCGAGAGUUGCUCGGCCAGCAGCUCAAGCACAAGCCCAACCGACUGAACAGAAUCAAUCAGCGUCGCGAGACUUCUGUUUGGAACACGCCCAUGCGCAAUCCGGCCCCAGUUCUCGACAGAACUCUCAACUUGGACCAGUCGUGCAUGCCGUUCGAGCCGCCCAACGCACCCUGA